GUAAGGGGAAGCGAGUGUUGUAAUGCCAGUUUGCGUGCAGGCUGUUCUUUAAAUAUCCUCUGUUUUCUUUCAGAAAUAUAACACAUGGUAGCUUAAUAAUUCAAGAUAAUACCGAAUAAACGGGACGGUACUGCCUUAAGAUAUCCUGUAUUUAGUUCGUUUUGGUCGACCUUUUGGAUAUUUGGGAUAUGGAGCUUGAUCGGCGACUGUUGGUGGCUCACUGCGCAGCCCACACCCUAUCAGUCCUGGCCGGGUUGAUGGUGGUUGUCCCGCUGGCGCUCAACGGCUCAGCUUUCAAAGGGCGUUGUGCGCUUUUCACCACGGGUUCUUGGAGGACGGACAAUCGAACCGACAUUUCUGGUGAACAGGGUGAGAUUUCACACUUGGUGGUACAGCAAUGGGGUCCACCGGCUGCAUGCCAGUUCGCAACUUUUGUCGGUGUUUUCACGGUGCUGUAUGGUGCUGCGCAGGGCUGGAGAAGCAUAUUCUAUCUCCACGGACGGCAUGACGAGUGAGUACACUUUCUAUGGGCUUUGAAAUAGUUAAUCAAUAGUACAAAAAGUAGGCCUAUAUUUAAAAAACAACAACGAUACAAAUGGAAACGUAAAUGACAUAAAUCGCCUGAUAAUAAUAAUAAUGACCAUUAUGAAAUAUCAAAUUGUGCAAUGCAUUAUUAGUCCUAUGUGUCAUAGGCUACCUGCUAUUACAUAGUUAUAACAGUUUAUGUCAAAUUACAAUGUUUUCACUCGUUCACAGUCACCAAUGUUAUUAUUGUAUUUAUUUUCCAGCACCUUGUUCUCCGCCUUCCUGACCCUGAUCCUGAGCCUGUGUGUGUUGUUCCUGUCAGGAGGGGCCAGUGUCACCCUCUCCCUGGGGCUGGCCUCCUGGUGCAACACUGUCACAGACGACAACACCAGACCUUACAGGUAAUGUUCAUAUACUGAGGCAUACAAAUCAACAGGUCAUACUUUAGGGUCUUCCAGGCCAGGUCAUUUGGUCAGGAAAAACUCUGGGCCCUAGUACUGUGCAUCGACCUGUGUGUCGCAUACAUUGCAGUGAGUGUGAGGGUCAAGCUGCAGGGGUUUGACUGUAGCCUUGUUAAGCAUUGACAGUUUCCUGUCUCUCUGUCUGUUUGCGUGCAGCUGUGCAGAAUACCAGUCCAUCCCCAUGUACCUGGAUGUAGAGACGUCCUCCUUCUUCACUCAGCUCACCCUGGCAGAGGUAUGUAGUCCCCCAUAGCUGGCCCAUCUCAUGCCAGUGGGCUUUCCCUGCUCAAAAUAGAAAUCUUCUGCAUUGCAUUAACAUGAGGGAGUCAGUGUACUUGUGAUUUAGUUUCAGUUUUUCUCUCCCUCUCUGUGCUCUCUCUAUUUCCACCUACCCCCUCUUAUUAUUAUUAUUAUUAUUAUUAUUAUUAUUGUGUAAUAACUCUCUUUCUCUUUUUGUUUCUCUGUAAUAAUACUAAUAAUAUAUACUUUAACUGAUAAUAAUCUUUCUCUCUCUCUCCAGGUUGCUCUGUGGAGCGUGACAGCAUUGUGGCUGACCCACUCCAUCCUGUCCUUCAUGCGUCUCUACCACUCCCACAGCCAGCACAUCAGCGGGCCCUGCCUGCCCAGGGAGAAGGAGCAUCUCCUGGGUCACUCUCCCUCCUCCUCAGGCUCAUCAGGAUCAGACCGGGGCUCACCCUCACCCACACAACCCCUAUCAACAGCGCCCAGUGUCAUCUUUGUCUAAACCCCUAACCUCAAUGGAACUCCACGCAGCUACCCGUUAUGAGGGGUGGAACUCUGUAUGAAACAAAGAAAGCUGAGAAUGUAUUGAUUCAAGAGACUGGACUACAGUUUGUAGUUUGAUUUAACCCAUGUUCGUGCCAUUUGAAUUUUUAUGAGUUCCAUCCCUCAUAAACCCUCACUACCAACACCCAGUGUUUUUAUUGAACCCCAACACCUUUGUUCUGCUAAACCUCAUCACCACCACCAUUCACCACUUACUGUAGCCUCUUAUGUAACAGGGUUCUACGUCCAACCUUACAUUGUCAUCUACCAAUUAUUUUUCAGACCAAAGGGGAUUAAUUGAACGUACGGUAACCAAAAAGGGAAUAAAUUAAGUAGUGUUAUGGCAUUUAUUAAUUAGAUAUUUAACUAGUACCAUCUUAUCUUAGAGUCUUAGACAUAUGGUUUAAUAUGUGAUCACAAUCAGUAUUAUAUAAGCAAAAUUAAUCAGUGCAUAGCUCACUAACUUCAUAACAAGGUAGCUGACUGACUGACUGAGCCAUGCCAAAUUAGUUACAUAUAAAUACAAAGUUAUUAUUUUACAGGGUUGUCUGUUUCAACAAAACAUGGCCUAAAAGUGUUUGUUCAAUAUGUAUGUCUGUUAUAUCCAACAGUUCCAAAGUUGGCAAAUGUACCAUUUGCAUGUUGUGUGCAUUAGCUCUCAAGGCAAAAGUCAUUCAUUGUUUUGAGUAAAUGCACAUUUGUACUGUGGCACUUUCAUUGAGAAGCAAGAAGCAUGUGGUAUUUGUGAAAGAGAUACACUAUAUUCAAACAGGAUCACUGUGUGAGCAAGACACAUUAAUGUUUUAUUGUGUCGCAGAAUCACUCUCUUCCUCUAGUGAAGGUUGUCAUAUGAUGCUAUUUGUGUAGAUGCAGCUGCUUUCAAGGCAUUUGAAGCAUCCAGAUUUCUCACAAAUAUAUAGCCUUUGAUGAUAGUAGUAUCAGAACAAGUAUAUGUGUGAACUAGGCUGAGCCAAGAAGGUUUAGGGAGGUAUAGGAUAGAGACAGAAUACACACUGAAAAGUGUCUUGACCUUCAAACUCUGAACCUUGACCUCAGUAGUUGUGGUGACACACAGAUAGCGGAGCAAGAAACCGGAAGAGGGAUAGACUGUCUAUAAUCUAUUGCAUUUUGGAGUAUUACUGGCAAUAUUGAUUAUGUUUUAUACUGGUUAUUUAUGUUCAUGUUUUUAUUUAUCAUCCUGUUUGUGUAAAUCAAUAAAAAUAUCUUCCUGUGAA